AUGGCUUCUUCUUCGAACUUCUUCCUCGUUGCUCUCGUUCUGGCGGCCGUCGCAUUCUGCAGCAUGGAAAACGGAAUGGCGGCUCGACAGCUCCUCCAACUGCCGAAACCCGCAGCCCUGCCUCCUAUGCCCACCAUCCCAUCUCUGCCGCUACCAAACGGAGGAGGAUUGCCGCCACUUCCCAGCGCCGGCGCCUUGCCCACCCUGCCGUCCGGAGGAGGACUGCCGCCGCUCCCCAGCGCCGGUGCCAUUCCGACCAUGCCCACUAUUCCUUCCAUCCCAAUCCCAAAGGUUUCUCUGCCGCCGAUGCCUAGUGGCUUGCCAACCAUGCCUUCCAUCCCCGGUCUUACCCCGGCGGGCCCCGGCAACUGA